AUCACCAAGCUGGAACAUUAAGAAGAUUUCAACAGCUGCUUAAUUUUCGAAGGCGGAAAUGAACUUCCCUCGCUUGAAACAGUUUCUACGGCCCUGGAUGCGCGCGUACAGCCAAGCGUGCAUUGGCACUCCCGUUAUCGAUCAGUCGCGUGUUAGUCCACCGUGACAUGGAGGAUCUCCUGCUGCAGAUCGUCCGAGAAUCGAGCAAUGCGAAACUACAAAACUUGCGGAAGUCGGCGCAGGAAGCGUAUGAUUUCCUCGACAAGCAGCAAGGGUUGUUACGCGAUCCACCCCACGAGUUGCGAGCAAAAUGUCUACACACGUUUCAGCUAGCACUAGAAACGAAGAGGAGCAAAUUCGUUGCCUUUGGUCUAUCGGGAUUACAUAGAAUGUUAAGGGAUGACAGAUUCCAGUCACCCUACGAGCCAGAAGAUGAUUCCCUCUGGCUACCCGCGCAAAUGUUGCACGCGAUGAGUUCCAUGUUAUCACAAUCGGACGAUACGCAGACGGAUAUGCUGAAAGUUCUGUUACAAGUCGCCUGUUCUUCUUAUUGGACAAUGAACGGUCGUCUGAUAAUCGCCAUUCUCACUACCUGCUGCGAGGCUUUCGAAAAUGGGAACCAAGCGGUGAGGACCGCUGCUCAAGCGGCAACCAGUCAAACGUUGAGAUCUUUCUGCCUCUUCCUAGACGAGGAAUGCCAAGAAAUGGACGAGAAUGCAAAGAAGAACAAGAAUUUAUGGGAGAGAGGCGUAUCUUGCUUCAACGAGGCCCUGCCGAUACUUCAGUACAUCUGCAGCAAGUUGGACGAAGCUCAAAAUAAUGGAAGAAACGGGAAUACCGUGGUGUUUCUGCUGGAAUGUCUGCACACUUUAAUCUCCUCCCUGCCACAGAAAAUCCAUACGAACGCACACUUUACCACCUUCCUCUGGCAGAAAUUCUGUCCAGCGUUGAUAGCUUUUCUAGGCACUCCGCGGGUCGAUAAGACCUUCAGCUCCAGGGAGGGAAAGGAGAACGAAAUUGGACGAGGAUCUGGAUACUUGGCCACGUCGUUGAGUUUUGAUAGUCACCAGGCGAAGACUGUCUACAACAUCGGAACGGAAUUGGUUCGAUUGGUAGGCUGCGUUGGUCCCCUUCGUUCAGUCCUGGAGUCAGUAUUUCAUAGAAUGCUGCUAUAUCCUCCACUCCAGCAACGUUUAGAGCCUUUGAAAGCUUUGAAAGAGCUCCUGCGAAGUCCUAGUAGGAUGGUCGACUUCACUGGUCCGUUGUUGGUGGAAGAAGAUAAAUGCAGUCACAUUCAGAGUGAUAUGGCUUUGAUGAGACUAGCGAUGGAUUCCAUCGAGGAGUCGACAACUGGUAAUUUGAGUACGUUGCAUGCCAGCGUGUCGUGUGUAGUUGCAAUGCUGUCUGCUCUUCAGGAAUUAUGCGAGGGGAAGGCUAUUAAUCAUACCUAUACGUGUACGAUCAAUAGUUUGUACGAAGACCUGGAAUCUUGCGAUUACAAGGGUCCUUUGACUUAUCAGAGCAUGGCACGGUUGCCAAAAACCUACAGAGAACAGUUGGAGCUCAUGAAGAAGGGAAUAGGCUCUGACUCUGACUCUUCGGGACAUGGUCCAUCGGAGGAUGGCGAUUCAACGGACACGGAAGGGCCACAGAACGAAUCCGACGAGGUCCAAGAGGAGAAUAGCCUGGAAGACAACGACUAUGCUAUAGAGAACGAAAGAGAAAGGUUAAGACUAGAAAAAUUACCAAAGUGUCUUCACGUGGGUCGUCAGGUGGCCGAUGAAUGCAACGUAGAUAUGGAAAGGCACAAUGCCAGGAAAUUCGUCAGGACUCUGAAGUGCGACUUGAUCCCCAUGAUGUUGAGCCUCAGAAGCAAUAUAGAAGUCGACGAAGCUUUACAGAACUUUGCUUCGGAAUACUGUCAAGGGGUCUUCACAGCUCAGCAAAAGAUGCAGGAGCAAACGGACACCAGUACAGACUCGUGUGCCUUGAUUACGAUUAUGAACGCUGAUGGAAUUUACUUGGCCACCUAUGCAGCGUUGUUGUUGAACUUGAAGUUGAUUAGGAUUAAUUACUACCACGAGGAUAAUCGACAGGUUCCCAUCAGCGAGGAACAAUUCGUGGAGGAAGUGCAUGGAUCUGGAGUUCUGGUUUACCUCUCAGCAACCUGGUUGUCCGAGCUGUAUCAACAAGUGUUGGCCUGUAAUCUGCUCGAGAAAUGUGGUUACAAUUCGCAUUACACGGAGAACAAUGCUUUGAUAAACGUGUUAACUGAUGUUGACGGGAUUCCUGGAAGCCAAAGAGGUGGACAGCUCUUGUCCGAUUAUAUCAGACUGGAGAAAGCUCAGCUGUCCCGAAGCGAGCCAACUCCCGAAGCAGAGGCUGGGGCGAAGCUUUCCAGAAGAGUGUUGACGUGUUGCUGGGGAAGUAUGAUGACUGUCUUGACGACAGGAUUGAAUCCUCCUAAGGAACAGAACAACAAAGGAAUUUUAAACAGAGACGGUGGUAGACGAGGUAUAAGAGACACCGUGAUCUUAUCGUUGGAAGGUCUUCACAAGGCUGCGAUUCUGAGCAACAUACUCGGUCUGCAGAAUCGCUGUGGUUCCAUCUUUGCUCUCCUAGUCAAAGCAGCCUGCACGGAACAGUCUAUCUCGAAGAUCACGAGGACGAAAGAUGUUCUACGCUUAAAGUUGCAAAAUAGGGCGACCAAUAUUCAUACGUCACACGCCCUGAGCAUGGAUGUCCUCUUGGGCAGGGGUUUAGAACUUGGAAGUCAUGGUAGCGAUUGCUGGCCUCAUGUUUUCACGUGUUGUUUGUACGUGAGCAAACUGGAACACGAUUUCUUCGGGAGAAAUCAGAAUCCAUCUCUGCCCAAGACUCAACAGAAGAAAGAGAAGAAGGAUGCACCGAAUGGAGACCCCAAAGGAAGUCAGGAUAAACUGAAGCUUAAUUUCAACAUCGCUGAAGAGGAGGAGACCUGCGUCGACGUUUACAGUUUUCUAUCCAGUCCGUACACGCAUAGCAUCAACACGGACACGAUCCCAGAAAUAAUUCAAGAAUCGAACGCAGACAGCCAAUUCAAUGGCAUUCUUCCUGCAGAUUACGCAGCAAAAAUAAUCUGCGUUUUAUCCCAACAAGUGGACAGGUUGUUCGAAAACGCUGCACUGAAAUUGAACCUUAAAGCACUCUGUUUGUUCCUGACUGCGCUCUGCAAGGCAAGCAAAGCUCAGCUGUUUAAGACUCCAGACGGUUCCAAAAAUAAUAAGAGGUUCUGGUGGAGGAAAAGCAAACCCAGAGAAAACGAAAUGAAUGCAUUGCUCCUAGCUCGACUAGGGGAAGUUAUGUUGAAAUGCGUCAAGAGUGGAAGACCCCUGAUCCACAUAAUGAGGGUUUGGAGUAUCCUAGGGCCACACUUCAUGGAGGCAGCUUGCCACAAGGACCGUGGUAUUUCGAAGAAAGCAGUGCAGUGCAUUCACGACUCCAUGGCAGCUUUGCUCAACGAACAAGUCGAGUUACCCCAUUUUCACUUCAACGAAGCUCUAUUCAAGCCUUUCGAGAAUUUAUUGUGCCUAGAACUUUGCGACAGUGAUGUUCAAGAUCAAAUCGUCAGUUGCAUCUGCGAGUUCGUCGAGACCAACACGACCGAGAUUCGCUCAGGCUGGCGCCCUCUAUUCGGGGCCUUACGCGUAGCCUCGGUCGGUAAUUCAGAUUCCGUCGAGUCUGCUCCGCUGCUGGAGGUAUUCAGAGUCUUUCUGUCCACGGACAAUACGCUGGUCUUCGCGAAUGCAGCGCUAGAUUGCAUACUGUGUCUGCUGAAACACGUGCGUGGCAGCGGUGACACGGAGGGUCAUCAGGAUGACCAGGAUCAGAUCGAUAUCGCGGAGUCCCGUAGGAUGAGACUCUGCGUCGAAAGUCUGAAGUAUCUUCUGAGCUGCAGCGACAUCUUGGCGUCGAUGUACGGCAUGCCAGCUUGCCCGAUCUUCCACUCUGCUCAAAGAAUCCAGGUUUCGACUAUUCCCCAAUACGUGGACCCCACGGUACCCAACUCGGAGCUGAUCAGGUUCGACAAGCACGCCGAAUCGAUUCAGGAGAUUAUUCCUGAGAGACCACACGACAUUCUCAUGGAUAAUGUUCAUACCAUCACCACUCUGCAAAGUAUGGACAAGCCUAGCGGUAUUUUGAGGGUCUGGUACAUAUUGAUCGAGGGUCUAGCGAGUGCUACCAUGAUUUGUCCUAAACGUUACCAGCCUCACACUCUGGAAACCCUGUUCCAUUUAUUGAGGGAUACGUUAAACGUGCCUGGACCCAUGUUUGGGUUGUACUGCGUCAAUCAUUUGCUUCUGCCUAUGGUGCAGAACUGGCUGAGGAGGACGUCCAAGAUAUUGAGAGGAUGGGACAACUUUGUGCCUAACUUUAAACAGUGCUGUGGACUCACCACGGACCUGGUCGUCGAUUAUCUAACCCACUUGCAAGGACACGAGGUCGUAAGGAACGAUGCCUACCUACCAGCCACGACACUGAUGCUGAAGCAAUUGUUACUAGUGAUGGCGGAAUGCGUGGUCCAGCCCACGGAGAGCAUAGCUCGGCUAGGUUGCGCCUGUAUUAGGCACGUUCUGGUGAGCAGCGGCCCGCUUCUCACUUCAGAACAAUGGGAAGUCUGCGGCGUCGCCUGUUACCGCGCUUGUUCGAAUUCCCUGCAAGAGUUGCACCAGCUGACCAUGGCUUUCUCGCCGAGAUCCGAGUCCUUUUACGGUGACUUUGCACUGGUCAAGGUUGCAGCGCGAUGGGAUGCGACCGUCGAAGAGUCGGAACGAUUGCGACAGCUCGCUGCUCAGGUGUUCCUCCUGGAGGAACAGCGCGCUGAAGAUACCUGGAGAAGACACGAAGACAAGUCUUACGUUUUCCUCCUGUGCCCACCCUCCAUGGAUACCAUUCUCAAUCCCGAACUUUAUAUCGUUAGAGUUCAAUUCAGAGCAUUGAUAGUUGGCCUCCUGCUCCAUCAGAUGCUUCUUCAUUGCAUUGCCAGUGUCCUUUUGCAAGGGCCUGACUCGUCCUUUCCUAGUUUGUCUAACGUCAGACCUCGAUCAGCUGUACUGACAUCACCGAAAACGGUCGCACCCGGUUACCUAUCUUGCCUAUCCAGUCAUCACUUGGACAUCUUCCUCUCAGCCUUAGAUCUAUCCUACGCGACUGCCUUGAAAUUCGACUGUCGUCCUGGUCUGAAAUUCUUGGUGCAGAAGGUAGCCAACCUGUCCCAACCGGCGAAUCUCUAUCGCCAGGCGGGUGUAGCUUGGACCAUCAAGGUCGUUACUCUGUUCGAGCUCUGCCUUCGCGAGAUAGAGUACACCGAGGCAACCCUGGAGACCGUCAAGAUGGCUCUCACCUCGAAUCCCGAGGACAGAGAACGUCGCAAGGAUUCCAAUCUUCAAAGACUCUCGAAAUACCUCAGACAAUUACGGAUCACGUUCGAGGAACUCUGCGAGAGUUACGUCGAAGUGGUCUUGGACGAGGAUGGAAGACACGCGAGAGUAGACAGCUUCUGUGAGAAGAAGAUAUUCUUGCCGGUGGCUCAGCCGGAUGAUUUCCCAGAGAUGACCAGGAAAGAAUCGGCCAAUGACCGACCUUUGGUUACUCCAGCGCCGGUGAAGCUGCCGGUAGACACGGAGGAUUCGGACGACCUGCUGGAUGAGGAGGAUCAGGAGGACCAGGCGGACCUGGAGGACGAGGAAGUCCAGGAGGAUCAGUUGGAUCAGUUGGAUCAGUUGGAUCAGUUGGAUCAGCUGGAUCAGCUGGAUCAGUUGGAUCAAGACGACCAGGAAGAUCAAGAGGACAUCGAGAGCUAUAAUCCCAAUUUGGAUGUCCAAAGCGGACUCGAGGAGCUUGGGCCAGAGUGCGAAGACGACCCGAGGCCCUUCAGGUUGUCUGACCUGGCAGUGGAGUAUUCUACUGACUCUGGUCCCCAGUCUGAACCGGAAACCAACGACUCUAGACCUGUUUCCAGGUUGGGAUCUGUCACCGAGAAGGCCGUGUACUCUGACAGAUCAGGUGGUACCACCUCCAGCGAGGGGUACAUCGAUGGGAAGUACAGUUCCACGACACCGGCACCGCUGCAGCUGAUCAACGCGCGAGAUAAUUUGUACUACAAAUUCAGUCCUUUAAGGAGACCCGAGUUCGGGGAAUCUUUUGGAACUUCCGUGUUGGAAAUAAAGGCGAUGAACAGCGGUCUAGCCUACGACGAGUUCAGUGUAUUCCAGAAGACGAAGCUGGAGAGGAGAAGAAGCGACGCCUGUCUGUUGUCCAGAAAGAGCUCUCUGAGAUUCGUCGAGCCAAUGGAAACCGACGAUUCCGACAGGUUCGUGCAUUUCAAUGCCAAUACCACUCGGUGCAGAUCGGUGAUAGAGUUGAGGAAGACAGCUGGGUCAGCCGUGUCCUGCUCCUCCAACGAUCUCGAGAUGUCGCCACGCGUUUCGUCCAAGAUCGAAGAGAAGGAGGACGAAUUGCCAAAGAUCUUCGACAACAUCGACGAGCUGUUGCGUGACUACGAGAUCAGUAAACGGGGGUUCAGAACCAAUCCGUUCUUACGGAAAGAGGAGGCCGAGUCCAACGCCGAGUCUGAGGAAGUACCGAGUCACGAGCCCCUGUUCCAGCGGAAGACUAACGUGUGCAAGGACAGCGAGGCGCACAGAAAUGCUUGGGCAGAGAUGUUGAGCACCGUGUUGGACUGGACUCUGGCAUUGUCUGAUGAUCAAUUAAUCCUACUGCUUCCUGUUUUCGUAAGCGGAGUGAGAGUGCUGACUCGGUACGCUGUUGACCAGGUUCUCAAGCAACGAUUGUCCUCUCUGUUCCAUCGCAUUGCCGUGCUGUACGGGUUGACGAGCAAUUAGGAGCAGCUUCGAUACAUCUGGGAACAGAUGUACUUCCACGAUUAACCCUCAAGUUCCUUGGUGCUAUUCGAACAUAAAUCGAGCAUUAACCUGCGCGAAGUUCGAUCGUUGAUCAGCCGUCUCAGGCGUCCUACAAAGUUUCUAUGGUCUCUCGAGAAACCUAACUGCUGUCAAUAUACCUUUGAUAACCAUCGAAUCUUUCUACGACGAGGAAUAUUAAUAGACUGAUGAUCAGAGUCAAUCUACGAGAUUAAGGCAACGGAUUGUACGUUCCAGGAUGUUUGUCACGAAGACCAUACCCGUCUUAACGUCGAACAUCCUCGCUCACAGGGAAGACGGAUGAAGAUGAUCGAAGACCAUUCUAUCGAUCCACGGUUCCACCAUUGAAGGAAUUUCGAUCCCAGAAAUUUGACAAGCGGAAAGAUUCGACGAAGCCGUCUUCAUCCGCGAUUCUCUUCGAGCAGCAACGGAGACAAAGGAUCGCGUGGUUAGCAUGAAGACCAAGGACCAUCGGCUGAUCCGCAAACGAACUGAAAUUCAGCAGCUUCGCGAAGAUCGGAGAGAUCCCCGAUUCCAGCAGUAUAAUCGGAAACGUCGUGAACACGACGGACGCAGCCCAUUCUCGGUUCCCUUUCGAAGGCAGGAAAGAAACCGUGUCCCCUUUUCAGCGUCGAGGCCUCGCCUAUCUCUAGUUUACCGCGCUCAGACGCGUCGACACGGAGAGACAAGGAUUUUAUUUACGAUCCACUCUGCACGCACAUCUUCUCGAUUCUCAUUUUAUGCUCUUUGCGCUUAACUGUAGUUUGCGGUUCAGUCGCAGAGUCGGAUGUACCGGGGUUUUGCUUCAGCCAACCGUCGGUCGCACACACGCGUCGCGACCAGUUCGAUACAUUUCGUCAGCUGCUACGAACAUUGCCUAGCGAUUCUUCGACGUUUUCCAGAGAAUCCUAGAAUUCUCUCUCAUCUUU